AUGCCCCCGAAGGCAGCGAAACCGGGCCAGCGCUCGAUCACCGCCUUCUUUGGCACUUCGGCAGCAAAGCGCAAGGAACCUUCAGCAUCCCAGCGUGAGGAAGCCCAUGGAGAGGCCACCCACACGAAAACGCCACCUGCUAAGCGCCAGCAGCGCGGGCAGCAGGCGCAUGGCGGGUCGAGCGAGCAGCAGCCACCAUCGCCACCGGUGGAGCAGCGUCUCCUGCAGCCGCCCUCGCCCGCUCCCGCACCCUCACUCGACGCUGCGGCCGCCGCCUUCCCGGCUAACCGCGACCAGCGGCGCCGGGCGCGCGCGCAAGCCAAGCUGGUGGGUGCCGCCGACAGCAGGAGCCUGGCCAUGCCGGCAGGGCCCGGUGGGAUGGGCGGCGGCGGCGGCGGCGGCGGUGCACGACCCAAAUAUACACCCCUAGAAGAGCAGGUGGUGGCCCUGCGGCGCGCCCACCCCGGGGUGCUGCUGGCGGUGGAGGUCGGCUACAAGAUGAGGUUUUUUGGGGAGGACGCCGAGGCGGCGGCGCGCGAGCUGGGGCUCCACGCCUACCCUGACCACAACUUCCUCACGGCUUCCAUCCCUGUGCAGCGGCUCCCGGUGCACGUGCGGCGCCUGGUGCAGGCCGGCUACAAGGUGCGGCCACAGUGCUGGGGCUGCGGGGUAACCGCACAGGUCAUGUGA